UACAAUAUUACAUUCCUUUCUAAAUCGCGAUAUGCUUAUCUUUCGUAUUUUCCGAGAGUACCGUAGUCCUCGGAGCAUCGGCAACAUUUUACUUGUAUUGCGGAUGUGAACAAGUUCUCUCUUCUCGCAAAAUUUAGUUGAAGAAUGUCCUAUUCGACAAUUUGCUAUUCGCUCGCUGAUGUUGCGAAAUGUAACGGCAAAAACGGAGCGAAAACCUGGAUCGUCAUCCAUGAUAACAUUUACGAUGUAACGGAAUAUAUGCAAGAGCAUCCUGGUGGUUCAGAAUUAAUCGACGAAUACGCAGGAAAAGACGCGACUAGUGGAUUUGAUGAAUCCGGACAUUCUUCAGAUGCGACAAAGAUGCUCAAAAAGUAUUUGGUCGGUGAACUUAAAGAUGAAGAUAAAAAAGUUAACAGAAUGAAGAAGCGCGCUGCUAACGGAAUAAAAAUGAAAGGAGUGGAUAAGCAAAAACGAAGGCCUUUCUUAAGAUUGUUCUGCGGCAAAUGUACAUAUUAAAGGACGCGUUGUAAAUAUCAAUUGCUAAAAUUAUUUUAAAUAUAUAAUUGUAUUUAUCACAUGUUAUUUAUGUUACAUUCGCUAUCUAAAUACAGCAUCGUUUAUGACGUGUAUAUUGUCCUACUGAUAAGAAUCAUCAAAAUUAAAAACCGUCUUAUCGCUUGUACGUGA